AUGUUCUGCCUAUCCCGUCCCGAGAGCCGCUACCGUUGCAGCUGCCAGAGAGCUCGUCAUGGCGGGUUCAAAGAGCUCGUCAUGGCCAUUCGAGUCUGCCACGUUGAAGCGUCACGGCAGACGGCACUGCGGACAAAGUGGGGGUUACGAGCGCCGGGCAAUGAUUACCGGUAUGUAUCUCGUGGACUGGAUAUCGGGCGACGAGCGGACGCGCGGGUCAUCUGCUCCACCAACGGGUUGCGCAAUGAGAGCACGAAGGGGCUCACGUGGUUGAAGCACUGGUCAAGUUCAAGCUUCCCCGGCCUGUCUGCACCAGCGCGCAAGAGCCAGGCCGACCAGAUGGUGAGGGACCUGGCGCGCAGCACGUCCAACAUGAAGCACCGGCCGGCGCGCUCGGCUCCGUCCGCCGCGUCGUCGGGCUGUCCGCGGCCUUCUUCAACCACGCGACAUGCGCGCGCGUAUCCAGUGUGGCUGUACACGCCGCUCACUUGA